GCCAGAGAAACCACGCCGAGACCGAGGGAAGGACACCUAUACGCCGACCAGCCUCCAGACCCCUACAGGCACCCGCAACCUCCCCCCGACACAGCAGACGGUGGGACCAUGAAGACUGUGGUGGCUCUGCUGCUGCUCUGUCUGUGUGACCCUGGACAGAGUGACUGCCAGGCGGACUGCGCCUCCUGCAGCGACAUCCUGCCCAAACACCUCAGUUUCAACCCCAUGGUGUGUCUCACUGAGUGUGAGGCCGACGUCUCCCCGGCCCUCUUCUGGGACUUCUGUCGUAAAGUGCUGUCUUCUCAAGUUUUCACCCUUGCUGGUACCAUGCAGAAAAGAUCUCGGGAGGAGGUGGAGGCCCUGUUUUCUGAGGAGGAAGAGGAGCAGCCUCUGAAGGGGGGUCUGUUGUCGCCCUUUGCACCGCAGAGGUACAUUCCCAUGACCCGGGAGCUGGGGUCGGAUGAGAGGCAUCAGUUGAACACUGCCUACAAUGCGCAGAAUGCCCUGACUCUGCAGGAUGAGUAUGAGGAGGAUGCAGGGCAAGAAGAAGAAGGAGGAGCCACUGACAUGGUAGCAGGAGGACAGGGCGAUGCAGGGCUGAGCGUUUUCAAGAGGUUCGGCGGCUUCGUCAAGGGGAGGCACGGCUACAGGAAGCUGAUCUCCCCUGGGAGACUGUACCAGAAGAGGUACGGCGGCUUCGUCGGCAUUCGCAAGUCGGCCCGCAAGUGGAACAACCAAAAACGUUUCAGCGACUUGCUGAAGCAGUAUCUGGGGAGGAGCACAAAGGCCACUGAGCUCAACGGCGUGUCGAAGGACCUCGCCCAGCAGAAUGAGGUUUAACACACCUUCACGCCACCAACACGAAACUAGUUGCUGAUGUGUCCCACCAAAUGUCAAACUCUAACCGCCGUCACCAAAGUCUACCGAUUCAAGUCAUUUACCAAAAAGUGAAAACUAAGCCGGUAAUCUAAGACUACCAUCGCAAGCUUCUUUGUCUCACGGCAUACGCAUGGCCGCUUCUGUUUUACAUCCCUUUUAAUUACGGUUCAAACUUUAAUUAGACCUUGAUUUCGACAUAAACGCUCCAGUAGAAAUAAAAAUGCUCCUUCUGAGUAAGGACACUAAAUUUGGGGCUCCCAAUUAGUGCCACCUUGUAUGCAACAUAGUUCAUUUGAGUACCUGCCCAAGCCCCCGAUCCUCAGAAGCUUUGAAGGACGCUCUCCCUUGUGGAAUACUUGCUAGUGUCGCAGGGAUUUACAGUAAAAUAUCGGCUCUGAUUUACUCUAUAGUGUGAGCAGGUUAACGUUUGCAUAAUUAUUUUAUAUAGUUUGAUUUCCUAAUUAAUUAGUGUGCUGGGAAUAUGUGUUAAAAGUGCUUUAACUUCUCAAAUGUAGGCCUUUUUUGGGGCAUCAUUACUGCUGACAGCAUGUCAUUGGUAUAAUCGUUCGCUUCCAUCUUUUGGCAAAAUGCAUAACGCAUGUCUUUUAAUGGACAACUCCAGUGUUUUUUUUCUCACGUUUUUCCAUAAUUGUUAGGGUAUUGUUAGCAGUAAUGUGAUGUAUUAUGUAGGUGAUUUGUAGUAAAUAAAUGCAAAAAAAAGGGAAAAUGACGCUAAAAGUCACUGAUUGAUUGUGCCAAAACACAUGUGAGACAUGGCUACUGAGACAUGUGUGAUGAAGAGAGCUCUUCUUCAACUGGUGCGAUAGUGAAGUAAAAGAUAACACAGCACUCAAUGUUCAUAUAUUCUGCAUUUCUGUUUGCCAAACGGAUGUGUUGUACAAGUGAGCAUCAUCUCAGACUGGCUAUUAUGUUCAGAUGCCAAAUCUCUGUAUGUAUAAAUGAUAUUGGUCUUUUUUCUUUCUUCUUUGGUCCAACUGUAAUGGUGUAAAAUGUUGCCAACAUCGUUGACUUGUAAAUAGCUAAAUCUAAACAUUGUCAAUAAAAAUAGUUUACUAUUUC